AGAAGUGCCAGUGCGUACAUCUAUCGCGUAAACAAAACAAAACAAAAAACAACAAAAAUAGACAAAAAAUCUGCAUAAUACCUUACAUGUAACUCUACACAUAAGUAUCUCUAAAGUACACAGACGGGUCCUAAUGAAUUGGCGCCUUACAAUUAAUUGAUUUGCAUAAAAAUUGCCAUUUCGUACGUACCACUGGGUGUGAGCCAAUUCUUGGCCAAUCCUUGAGAAUGGGUAUCUGCCACUGUGACGUAACAAGUCUUAAAUGUGUCUAAACUUGCCACAUACUUCUUUGUGCAUGCACCUCUUAUUUUCAUUGUUUUGUCGACAAGUAUCAUGAGUCGCGUUUGUCAUUGUGACAUAUCGCUGCGUGAAUGUCUGGCAGUGCGUCUGCCCGAUUUGGUGUUUGAAUUUUGCAUAGCUUGUAAAUGGUAUAUUCUACAAACAUGAAAAAAAGUAAUGACAAAAGAUCAUAAAUGUAACCUUUCUGGCGGAUAGGCAAGCAUGUUAUGGGAUUACACGAUGCGCAGGAUGGAAGUAAACAUAAUUGUACGCAUCGCCGUUAGUUACACAGGAUUUGAUUACACGCCUUGCUUGAUAUAAAUUCCAACGUAUUCUUGGGAUCAGUUUAAUUUUGCUUUCAGGUGACAUGCAUCACUCAUUCCGAAGUGAUAAUUUGGGCCAACUGGCACAUUGCUGGUUGUACAACAGGGUGACGAUGUGGGAAACGAAACUCUACUCCGGACCAUCUAUUGAGAUUUCGUGCGUUAUUACUUUUCAUAUGCCCUGUUUGUUAUUUGUAAGCCAAUCAUGCAUUGGCUCCAUUGUUUUGGACAACACCAUAUGCAACGUAUAUGUAUGCAAUAUGCAACUAUAUGUAUACGACCGAGAGCAUUUCUGGCGCUCCGUCAAGCUCGCUCUUCGCGUAGUGUGAAGAGCGCUGUGGGCCGUAUUUUUCAUUGAGUCGGGUGCCGAGUCUCGCGAAAUCUCGAGAAAGAGAAAUUAUUGCAAUUGAUCGCCCCAGAUUACGCGCUUACUUAUGCUAAACGACGAAAACAGAAAAAUAAAGGCAUACUACCAAUGGCGGGCACAAGCGAGGCUGGUCGUCCUGUCGUUUCAUUUACUAGAUGGCACCUGCCGCCAUAAUAUUAGAGGGAAGCGCCCAUAGAAGUGUGGAUGCUUUCCUCUCCCGAACAAAACGGCGCCGGAUGACAUAUGAGUUAUACUUCUUGAAUGGCUCAACACUGUUGAUAAACGAUAAUUUACGAUAGCUCAUGGCAGCCUUUGACGGUGUCCAGAAUAGAACUCCAAAUGUUCUCGUCCCCAUGUCCUUCAGCGUGCUUCUCAUGUGCACUUGCAAUGUCUUUCCUUUUUCAACGGUACCAUGAACGAACGGCGCGAGACCGACCUUAUCGUGUCGGGCACCAAUCUGUCAAGUAGUGACGAUGCUGGCCUUUCGUGCAUCGUCACCAGGACCAGCGGGGGAGACAUCACGGUGGCCGACUGUGCUAGCCAGACCAGCAAGGGGCGAGGAGUGGGUCAUGGUGGCUGUGACCUGCCCGUUCGAGAACCGGCCCGCAGCCCUGAACGCGGCCUGCUAUGCGAAGAAAGAGACGCCAACCUGUCCAAAUUCCAGAGGGUGUCCGUGGCGGCGAUUGUCGUUCAAGAAAUUGGAUCUUCGAACCCAGGAACGACCACGUGAUGCGCCGCUUCUGCAGCAGGAAGUACCUGCGGCUCUUGAAAAAGCUCGCAGUCAGUGAGACCAUCGCAGCCUAUCGCGUUCUCGCAACGUCUACGCAGUGCACAUCACCGCCAAGUGAAUAAACUUCUCUAGGCAGUCACAAACUACACUGACACACGCAUUUAUGCCAGUCCAAAAGCUUCAAACAAUAUGCAACAAACAGCACGCACCUUCAUGCCUGCUCAAAAACAAACAGUAAAACUCAAGUGUCUUGGGUCAUUUAUUAACCCUUCUUAAAAGAGAAAGAUUUACUAACCUAGUCAAGCCGAGUUUCGCCGUCGCCAGCAAUUUGACCUUUAUUUGACUGCAGCUGCGCCGUAGCCUUGGCUACGCAUCACGUGACUCGCCGCGUCCAGCUCCGCCGGCAUGGCUUGGCGCAUGCGCUCUCUGGAGCGGGGUCGCCGCCAGACCACGUGACUCGCGGCGUGCCUGGCUAAAGGAAACGCCGCGCUCGGGAUGGAUGAGAGCGAGGUCGGGCCGUCUUCUCUGAGCGUUGCGCGGGAGCGGGAGGCUUUGAGCCGUCGUCGUCAAGGGGCGUCUCACCUCCCCGCGAAUAUCGCCCGGCGGCAUAUAUUGAAAAUCUAGAACGCACAGCACCUUAGCAACAGCGGUAGAACCAGAUUGGUGGAAACGGCGACGCUCGACGCCCUUUUCAACCGCUGUGAGAGUACGCCGCGCCACCUAAAGCCUUUUACGCUAACAUAUACUAACCUAUACUAACCUAAGCUAACCUAACCUUAAUCUAACCUAUCCUGGGCGAAACGCAAAGGCAAUAAUCCUCACGGCGUGACAUCAGAGCAAAGCUGGCGGCGUUUCAGCCAAUCUCGUUCAACCGCAGUUGCUAAUGCGCUGUGCCUUCUCGAUUUUCAAUAUACGCCGCCCAGCGAGCUGCUUCACUGGAGAGGGUCCGGAAUGCCAAGCGCGCGAAGCUAGCGUCGGAGACGGAGGAAGAGCGAGCCGCUCGGCUCGCAAAACACUUGGACUUGUGGGCUUGUAAAUUAUGCCUGGCUUAACGAUGAGUGUAAACCUAAGUAUAAUAAUUAUAGCUAAAUGAAAGCUUACCGAAGUGACACCAAGACUUAACCAGGCUAAACCAAGCUGUCGCUUUGGAUAUCGAGGAUUAGCUAAGCUAAGCCGCAGCCAUUUUUUUUUGGAAAAAUUGUAACAAGCAUAUUUCUAAAAAUGUAGGUUCUUGUGCAUGGGACCUCUUUGGGUCCCAUGAGUCACAAGAGUAGUUCAAGGGCGCGUUACACACCACGCCGAGUCCACAGGGGUAUGCGCCAUCGAGCUUGGACCCUUUCUGCACAAUCAAUUUUUAAGAUUUUUUCUCUUACCAUUCAUUUCCGAUGAUGAUGUAGAAAUUGUAUAAUAUAUGACAUGACUCAUUGUUUGCCACGAUCCUAAUAACGCCCUUUUCAUGUCUUGUUAGGUCCCCCCGACAGUUGCUACUUCGGGACCUCCGAAUGUGUACUUAUGCCCACCUUGUAUUUG